AUGGUGGAAACUAGGGCACAGGCAAAACUCAAAAACAAAACAGUCGAAAUGACUUCCGAGGCUCCUAAGUCCACCUCACCAAUCACUAUCACUGAGACCGAACACGCAGUCAGAAUCUCGGCCAGCGUUCCAAUGACGAUGGAUCGCGCGGCCGAGUCCAUGGGAGAGCAAGCAGUAGUGGAGGAUCUGAUGGCUAAGCAGGCGUACAGGAUAGUGACAUCCUUUAUGGCCGCAAUGGACAGAUUCUCCUUAGAGCUACGGACGCUCUUUCAGGAGAAGAUGCCAGUAACGUCGUCCGCAACGCCUCCUAGAGCCGUACAGAGAAGCCAAGAGCGUGAGAGGUUUGAGCCCUACGGCGAAAGCAGCAGCCUCGGCGUCUCCGCCCGCACCCAAGCAUCAGGCUACGGCCAGCAUUCUCAGCCGCCGACAAAUAGCUGGGGGCAAUCCCAGGCAACAUGGGUAAAUCCCGGACUGACCUGCCCAGCAGAAACAGCGUACGACCCACUCCAUGCUUUGGUCGUGUCACUGGGGCAAAGCAGCCCCAUGCAUUUCGCGGUCCAGCAACUUGGCCCAAUUCACACCGUGGUUGUCCAGACCCAUUCUGGCCCAAGCAACGUGACCGCUGCUUCGUCACAGCAGUACAGUCAGAGCAAUCCGACCGUUUCACAUUACAUGCAUCGUUAUUGCCUUCACGCUCCCACCUUCAGUACAGUUCGGCCAUUCCAACAGCAAUGCAUACGCACCCCGGUCAAACCUACGACGCUUAUCUAG